GCAUUUUGUCAUGCCCGUGGCCUCCCGUCUGAUGACAUGCCGCGUAUGCGAUUAUCGCACCGUCGUGUAGAAACCAUGCGUAAAUAUACACAAUCAUUGCCUCGCGGCCGUCAAUUUUAUGAUCAUUGCCGUUUCCCGCCUCGAAUGCAUCUGAUAUCGCGAUAGUGUUCUACAAAAAUCCCCUUGUUUUUGUCCUAUUCCAGAAAUUUGGUAUAAUUAACAGAGUUCUUCAGAAUGGUUAGCGCCAGUAUGAUCGAUCAUUCGGAUCAGGUUUUAGUGAGCCUGGGAGAAUUAUGCAUAUCGGAUGAUUAUUCCGAUGUAACAUUCGUAGUAGAAAAGGAGCGCAUUUCAGCGCACCGCACAAUCCUAGCAGUAAGGUGUGAGUACUUCCGGGCGCUUCUGUACGGUGGUCUGGAGGAGAGUAAGCAGAGCGAAAUAACGCUAGAUGUAUCGUCGACCGCCUUCAAGCAUCUGCUCCGAUACAUCUACACCGGCUCCUUGGAAUUGAAGGACAUGGAGGUGGACGAUAUACUGACUUUACUCGGAUUAGUCCACCAAUAUGGCAUUACUGCCUUCGUGAAAGCCAUCUCAGACUACCUGUAUGGAGUGUUGACUGUGAAGAAUGUGUGUACAAUUGCGGACGAGGCGCGUCUGCUCGAUCUAAAGGAUUUAAUGGAGAAAUGUUAUGAAUUUAUUGAUGAAAAUGCGCGGAGCAUCAUGAAACUAGAAUCCUUCAGCAAAUUGUCAUACGACAUGCUUAGCAGCGUGAUUGAUCGCAACAGCUUAAACAUUGAAGAGAUCGAAAUUUUCCAAGCCAUUCACAAGUGGUGCAAGAGCAACGAAAAUAAGGGGUGCAAAAUAGGCGAAAAGAAAAGGUCUAUUUAUGAUAAAGUACGCUAUGAAGCAAUACCGCGCAAUAGUUUACUUGAAAUAGUGCGUCCUACUGGUGUUCUAAAUUCGAAUCGAUUGUUGGAUGUAAUAUCAGCUCAAGAUAAAACCGGUGUUCAUCCUUACCGAGCUGGUUCAUCACCGGGUAAAGACGUAGCUGCAAACGCGAAAGUGGAAUGGACAACGGCUGCAGAACAUAAUCAAGUUCGUUUUGACCUUGGAAAACGAUACUUUAUCAAUCAUGUUUACAUUACUACGGGUGCACCAACAGGACCACAUUAUUCAGCAAAACGGUAAAUCGUAGCAUCAUAAAGCGGUUCCUUUAACAUCCGUGCCUUUUGAAUCCAAGGAGUACAUCCAGUGAAAGUGAUUCACAACCCAUGCUGAUCGUAGGAACUAUAUCUCCAACCCAUUUCUAUCCUGGUACUGAACCCAUAACUGUGCGGGAACUGGUACCGAUUUUGGAACGGUCCCCGAACAGAUACCGGCCAAGGAUAUAGUCCCGAAUCCUGGAACACAUUCCGACUGCAUUCUACUCCUCGAACUGAUUCCAAAACAAUACCGAUCGUUGAAAUGAUCCAUAAAACCAUACCGAUCCUGAUUUUGAUCCCGAACCGAAUUUGGUCCUUCAAUUGAUCCUGAAUGUGUGCCCCACACUGAUUCGUAAACAGUUCCUGAACUUAUACUGGUCCUCAAACUGGUACUGUACAUGUACAGAAUCAGGUCUCGGAACAGGUACAUAACCCGUACAGAUCCUAUAACUGAACGUUGGCCAUACCGUUCGUGGAACAGUUACUGAACCCAUGCUGACCCUUAAAUUGUUCAUUGUUGUUCAUUAUCCGAACCGUCGAAGCCGACCGGAGUCGUCCUCAGUCGCGAGGUGCCGUCCGGAGCCGCUAGUCGGCAGCCGGUGCCGGCUCCGGGGGCUCCUACUAUUCCGAACAUUCCGACGGUUCUGCCAUUUUCAAUUCCGGACGGCUUCAGACGGUUCGAAAUGUCCCCAAGCGGCUCCAAAAGGCUCCGGGCGGUUCCGGACAGUUUAGAGUUUUGCACAUACCUUCCGGAACAUGGAUGUGUAUUAUCCGUACCCGAUGUAUGCGACUUCUAGACAUCGAAAUAUCGUAAGAUAUUAUGUAAACUAGCGAUGGGUAAAGUUUGCAAACAUCCGGAGUCGACUCCGAUCCGACUCCGAUUAAUUCGAAAUCGAGUCUGGAAGGUAGGUCCGCCCUG